AUCGGUUCUGCAUACACACCGUCCACUCCUCCUUUCUCUCUGCUUCCAGAGUGCCACUCAAAGAAGAUACCAUUCUGGCUAUCACACCCUUGCAGAAUUUACUUGAGCACUGUGCCCGGCUGGUGUUCACCACCCUACCGGGAAGUGUGUCCGCCGGCGAGGGAGUGCUGUGGCUGCGAAACGGCUCCAAUUUCGUCCAGCCAUGCACCGGCUAUCUGACCGGUCUGAAGCCGAGACCCCCGAUUUCGUGGAUCCAACAGGUCGAGCGUGCAAUUCGUCUGACGCACACUUGCCUUGUCGGCGUCGGUGCCGACAGUCCGUCGGCCAGAACGUCCCAGCCCCGGAGCACUUCUGGCCGAGAUGGCCGGCACGAUCGAGCCAGCCGGGCGAUCGAGGCUGGCCUGGAAAGUUGUCCAAACAGCUUUUUAACAUGUUGC